AUGAUCCUCUCAGCAGUGAGAGCGAAGCAAGGAGAGUUUGAAAUUGGAGGAGGAGUCAAGGAAGAAGAGGAUGAGCUCCCCAUGUACCAAGAGCACUAUGAUGCUCUCUUCUCCAUGGACUUCAUGGAGACCAAGUACCCACAUGUUGACACCAUGAAGGCCCUUGGAAUCUUUGAAGAUGUGGAGUUGGUCCUCAAGAACAUGCACUUGGCCAAGUUCUUCUCCUACCACAUGGAAUCCUACAAGGAGCUCACUUGCGAGUUCUAG